AUGAGUUCGCCACGACUAUCCACGCGGCCGCUUUCAUUAUCUGGUCCAAGGCCGUUACAGCUGGUUGAUGGCAACGUCCCAGCCAGUGCCUCACCUUCGACGUCUUCAUGUCCAUCCCCGACAAUAUCUGGGCUUUCUACGCCACCCCCGACUGCUCGCAGCAUCAAGGCAUCCCGCCGCCAGUCGUCCAUCUCGUACUUCCCGAGCGAUAACGCGCCGACAUGGGACCUGCGGUCACCAACGAUCGUCGCAGCGCCCUCGCUCAAGCGUAGUUUGUCUCUCGGUCCCAAGGCCAAUGGCACCCCAGGAGGAAAGGGCGACAGGCGCAGCCUGGGGUCGGUGGACGUGCAGUCGCCCAAGGCGGACAGAGGACCAUUGACACUGACCGAGAAGCACGCGGAUCUGCUGCAGUUCAUCGCCCAGAAGGAGUCCAAGUGUCUCGAGCUGCGCUCCCAGCUCGCGAUGCACGAGGCGGAGCUCGCCGAGCUCAAGCGCAAGUGGGAGCGCAUCGUCAGCCGAGGCAUGGACCGCAUGUCUAUGCCGUCCCCACUGACUUCGCCGAACGGCGGCGCACUCGAAGGAAUCAAGGAGGGCGUGCGUUUACUUGCUUCCGGCCUCGGCGACCUCUCCUCGCCGACUUCGGUUUCUGCGUCCCCUGCAUCCCCCGUGCCCGUGCAGGUACUGCCGGGGCUCGCGUCCGUGUCGCGCUCAACGAUGGGGCGCGUCCGCGGUCACACCAAUACGCAGAGUACGUCGUCCGUGUCCACUACAGGCACGUCGACCUCGUCGCACACGACCAGCACGCGGUUGUCGCAGUCGUCUGCGUCCUCCCUCGCGUUCGACGAGCCCCUGCUAGAGGUGGACGAGAAGCGCGAAGGGUCGCCGCAUGGCAGCGUGGAGGUCUCACCUUCGAGCGCGUUGCGCGCAGCUAAGCUGCAUCGGCGCAAGUCGCGCGAGCAGCCAUCUCCGCUGUGCUCGCCGUUGGCGGACACGUCUGCUACACUGGGUGCAGACUCGCCAAGAACGCGGGCUAUGAAGCGAUCAAGUCUCAAUCUGUCGUCGGGCCUGCCGCCUCCUGCGAUACCUGGCAUCGGAGUGUUAGCUGGGCAGCCCAUGUCCUCAUGGAUGGAGACCAUGGGCAGCAGUGUUGGACGCAAGUGGGAGGAGCUUCAGAAGGGAGAAACCUUCACGAAGAGUCAAAAACGCGCAUCGGUUAUCCUCUCGGACGUAUCGCAGACGUUCUUUUCUGCCCUCACCUCGCCAGGGCCCUCGUCAGGCACGUUUGUAUCCGUCUCCUCCAAUCCAUUCGCCGCUACGCUCUCCCCCCUCUCCACAUCGCCCUCUGCUUCCACGCCGCCUCCUAUGAUGGCAUCCUCCGCCAGUACACAUUCACUCUUAGACGAUGAUAGUGAGGCGCAAGGUCUUGGCAGCGUUAUGGUCCCCGACUCCAAGGGCUCCUCAAGCUCGACGAGUAGUCGCACACCAUCCGUAAACACGAAAGACCAGAGCGACGAUGAAUGGAACUGGUAG